CAUCACUAUCUCUUUCUCCGACGAGCAAGCAGGAGGCGAAGAAUUCGCGAGUUUUAAACUGCCAUCCGAAAUCGGUGAAACCGUACCAGAAUAUGGCAUCGUUGGUGAAUAGUGUGCGCGGCUUGGCCUGCCGAAAUACGUCCUUUCUUCGUUGCAUACUGGCACGGUCGGUGUCCUCGGUCGCGGUGCUCCGGCGGGAUCGGUGUAACGAGAAGUUUUUGACAGCCCCGGCCUCAGCGCUGCUCUCCCCCUUUGAGCUGAAAGUAUGGAACAGACAAAGAUUCUUUUCCGCCAAACCAAACGUUGAAGCGAUCAAACAACGUGUGUUGAAAGUUGUUGGAGCUUAUGAUAAAGUUACAGCGGAUAAGCUGACACUGGAAUCGCACUUCAUCAAUGACCUCGGGCUCGAUUCGCUGGAUCAUGUUGAGGUGAUAAUGGCCAUGGAAGACGAAUUCGGCUUUGAAAUUCCUGAUGGAGACGCUGAAAAACUUUUCAGACCUGCCGACAUUGUUCAGUAUAUCGCUGACAAAGAAGAUAUUUAUGAAUAAGGUUUUCAUAAGCAGGACCUAACUGUAAAAACCCAGUUUUUGUCAGACACUGUAGAUGCUAGUGUGAAAAUUUGAUGAUGGAUGUUUUUAACAGAUACAAUUCAUGGUCACCAACGUUGUCUGCGCGCUGAUAGCAAGAAAGGAUGCCGUAUGUAAAUCUAACAAAGAGAGCACAAUAUCUGCUCAUGGAACGUAACAACACGCCUAAUAAAUUAGGUUUUCCAAUCACUCCGUGUUGCAAAAGAGCAAACAAAUAGAAUAAUACCAUAACUACAAUAAAAUGUAUCUGCUAUUCGUCGCUCCUGUUGAAAACAUGGUUUGUUUGUUUUUUUAUAUUUUUUUAGGAUUGUUGAUGGCAUCUACAUUGUAACAGUUUCUUUUGUUGUUCCACUGAAGAAUAAAA